CUCCUCCCCCAAGUUUUACAUAACAAUCCGUAUUCCCAGAAAUGGAGGCAAACCCAUCAUUCCUGUUUUAUAAUAGAAUCAGGUAGAGAUUAUGGCAACAGUGUGAAAGCUGCUGAGUCAGUAAACGGGCGACAGCACGUCUGCUUUCCCAUCUCUUCACUAACAGAGGCAACACGGGAACCCCUGACCCAGAAUUGAGCCGAGCGAGACAAAGACGUAGCUGGGGGGGGGAUUGUAAAGGCACAUGAUCGCAUUCUCCCCGUGAUCAGCAGCGCUGUAGCAUGAAGCUCAGAGGGUAGCGUGCAUCUGCCUCGACGCUUUCUCUUCUCUUCUUGCCUUUUGGAGACUGCGGGGCUCUUGAGCCUAUAAGGAUGGCUUCCCCCAGGCUGGAGACUUUCUGCUGCCCCAACAGGGAUGCAGCUACACAGUUAGUGCUUGAUUUCCAGCCUCAGGUCUAUGGCUCGCUGUGUCUCGGCAGCGGCUUGGUGAGUCUCCUGCUGACCAUUGUCCAGCUGUUGCCCAAGACAAAGCACGGCUACAGGAGGCACGGGAGAUCCAUGCUGCCAAAACCUUCUUCCUCCAGGAUCUUGUUUCUAGUUAUUGUCUGUGACCUACUGGGCUGCCUAGGAAUUUUAAUUCGAUCAUCGGUAUGGAUAUCAUCCCCAGGUUUCAUUAGUAAUAUGUCACUAAUGAAUACUUCAGACAUCUGGCCUUCAAGCUUUUGCGUUGGAAGUGCGAUGUGGAUACAGCUGUUUUACAGUGCAAGUUUCUGGUGGUUAUUUUGCUAUGCAAUUGAUGCUUACCUAGUUGUUCGCAGAUCUGCAGGAAUAAGCACAAUUGUGUUGUAUCACAUGAUGACGUGGGGCCUGGCACUUAUGCUCUGCGUUGAAGGUGUGGCUAUGCUUUACUAUCCUUCAGUUUCCAAUUGUGAAAAUGGACUAGAACAUGCAAUUCCUCAUUAUGUCACAACCUAUGCACCACUUCUUAUCGUAAUGUUUGCGAAUCCAAUCCUCUUUCGAAGAACAGUUGCAGCAGUUGCUUCUUUACUGAAAGGAAGACAAGGAAUUUAUACAGAGAAUGAAAGACGGCUGGGGACAGAAAUUCAACUCCGUUUUUUCAAGAUCAUGUUGGUGUUUAUGAUCUGUUGGACAGCUAAUAUUAUCAAUGAGACUCUUUUGUUCUACCUGGAAAUGCAGCCAGACAUCAAAACGGAUCAGCUAAAGAAUGUCAGGAAUGCAGCACUCAUCACAUGGUUUAUAAUGGGUAUACUGAAUCCAAUGCAAGGCUUUCUCUUCACUUUGGCUUUCUACGGGUGGACAGGGUGGAAUGUUGACUUUAAUUUCAGACAAAAGGAAACAGCUUGGGAACGAGUAUCUACAUCUUCAUUGACUGAAGCUGCACACAAUGGCACCAAUGGAUCUUUCCUGGAUUACCCUGGCUACAUACAGAACCAAAACAAGACUGAAAUUGGAAACAGUCAACAAACAGAUGAGGCUUUGAGCAUACUAUCUGAAGGUAUGAAGAUCCAAAUUACGGAAAGAACCAUAAUCUGGAAGACCCUAUGUCCCGAGCAUUCCGGAUAACAGGUCCCAUACCUAAAAUUAGGCCAAAUCAUAAUCAUGGUUCUGAUGCUAGCACAAUUGAGAUCCACAUAUCCAGUGAGCUGCCAAACUUAGAUGACAAUGAGGCUGAUGAGGAAUCACUGGAAAAUGAGGAAACCUAAAACCGGUGAAAGAUUUUCAAACUAGAUUGAUAUCAGUAUCCUGAUGCUUAUUUGUCCUAUAAGUAAAAUAACCAUGUGUCUUGUUAUUGGUCUUCCUAUUUUCAGUUUUAUACAUAUAAACCCCAUGGCACUUCUCACUUUAUAGCUUAUUACCACAAAAAACUAUUGUACUGUUGAAUGUUUAAGUCACCUUAAAAUCAACUCCUACUAUAAAAUUAUGAGACAAUCUGGGAUUGGUGGUGUUUUUCUAUAUUUUUAUGAUUUUUCUAAUGAAUGAAUAAUUCUGUUCUGCAAUGUGCUAUAUGGUUGGCAAGUAAAACAUAUACAGUACAUUUUCAA